AUGCUUCCUCCAGCACUCAACAUUCCAAAAUGGCUCGAGGCAAAUUCCCACCUCCUCCAACCCCCAGUCAAUAACUACUGCGUGUACCACCCCUCCUCCCCGGCAACAGCCGGUUACACCGUCAUGAUCGUCGGCGGGCCCAACGCACGAACAGACUACCACAUCAACACCACACCAGAGUUCUUCUAUCAAUACCGGGGCUCCAUGCUGCUCAAGACAGUAGACACAUCAACAAUGCCGCCCACAUUCCAAGACAUUCCGAUCCACGAAGGCUCGAUCUUCUUGCUACCGCCGAAUACACCGCACUGUCCUGUGCGCUUCAAGGAUACGGUGGGCGUGGUGAUGGAGCAGCCCCGGGCCGAGAAUGCGGUUGAUAUCAUGCGGUGGUACUGCAGGAAUUGUAGUGGGGUUGUAUGGGAGAAGCGCUUUGUGUGCACUGAUCUCGGGACGCAGGUCAAGGAAGUGGUUGAGGAGUUUGCUGCAGACGAGGAGAAAAGACGGUGCAAGGCGUGUGGAGAGAUGGCGGCUACAAAAUAUGGCGAGGGAGAAUUGGAACAACCACCUGCGCAUCCUGAAUGA